AUGCCCAAGAACCUAAGCAAGUCAAGGCUGAGCAUCAAGGCUGUGCUCAGCAGAAACCCUGAGACAGUCCCACAAUUUGUAGACAGGACCUCAUGUUGCAGCAAGGCUGACAAACUUGCUGAGAUGCAGAAGUACCUCCUUGGAUCAUUGCAAAAUGUCUCCAGGGUUGGUACCUACUCCAACUGGUGGUUAGCCUCAGUGUACAAGAAUGGCUACUCACAUCCAGAUACCAUCUUCCUUGCAUACAUGUUCACCAAUGUCCUGGAUGGAGCUAAGACAGGCAUCACUGUCUCAAGCAAGGUCUUUGAGGAGCACAGGAAAGCGUUCAGUUCUCUUCCACUGGACCCUCAGCCAGAGACCAUCAAGGGGCAGGAACGAGUACUACAACAACGAUGA